ACCAAUUCAGGUUAUUGUAUGUAGAAUACGACAUACUGAAAGGAGAAGAGAGAUAAGAAGAACAAGAAGAAUAAGAAGAAAAUAAGAAGAAGAGGAAGAAGCUUUAAGAUGGACGUGCGAACAAGCCGACCCGUGGAGCGGGCAUUCGCCAUGCCCGGCGGAUUCCCAACCCCAGCCCCAGCAAUCGCCGAACGGCCCCGGUCAAGAUCACGGCCGGCCGCAUCCGAAGCAGAGACAACCCAUAGCCGGGCAGUCACAACAACAACAUCACAAACAGGCCCUCUAAGAGGUAUCCUAAAGAACCCAACACCACCCGCGCGACCGCAAGAUCCCCUUGCUGCACGCUUUUACAGAGUCUCGAAGCCAGAGCAACCAAUGUACAUGCCUGCGGGACCCCCAUCACCAACAUACCACUCGGACAGUGACAGAUAUACAUCCUACGAGACUGACUCCCAAUCGGCAUCGUCAGAGCUCUCUGUCAACACACAAGCUACUAGCGUCAUAUCAGAUUCUAGUGUUCCCCCUAAGCCCUCAAAACCCUCGACCCAAGUCAAACAUGUACGCCAUGUACCAUCAGCAGCUUCAGCCAGGACGCGGACGCGAACGCGAUCUAGGGCGCCUUCGGAGGUGUCUAAGCCUCCCGUCCCGGAGAAGAAGAGGACGGUGCACAUUCAAUUCGUUCCACCAAAGCCCCAGCAGGCCCCUUCACAGUCUCAGGAACUUCAGCUUGCUCGGAAGCCAGAAAACGACCUCGCGUACAAGCUUGAGCAACUAGAGUCAGAAACUGAUACCCUCCGACAAGAACGGAGUAGACUAAGCAGGGACCUGGAUGACAUAUCUGUACAACUAUCUACUAGGGGACAAGAGAACAAGGAAAUCGUGCGCGUCCUGAAUAUCGAGCGCAACUCAAAGGAGCUUAUCUUAAGAGACCUUGAGGAGCAACGGCAGAUUUCUGACGAAUUCCGUAGUAACUACCAACUACAGCAAGGCAUGUUAAUAGAGGCAGAGAGGGAACGAGACAGUCUCAAGCACAUGCGUGACAGGUUUGAGCAGCAGGUCAUCGAGCUCGAGCGGGAACUGGCAGUGCGAGAUGCCGCCAAGACGGCCCGAGACGAUCUUGAGAAGCAACUCGCAGCGACCAAGGAUGAUCUCGAGAAGCAGCUUGAGACGACCAAAGGCGACCUUGAGAAGCGGCUUGAGACGACCAGAGGCGACCUUGAGAGACAACUGGAAGCUACCAGGGAUGAUCUCGGAAAGCAAUUGGAAUUCUCCAAGCAGGAACUCGACAAGCAAGCUUUGGACUUCAAGACGAUUAUUGACGACAAACAGUCAAGAAUUGACGGUCUGGUCACCGAGGUUGCCGGAUCCAAGGAAGCUAACAUCUCCCUUGCAUCAGAGCGACUACGGCUUGACGCAGAACUGGUGAAUGUUCGGGCUAACUUGGUCAACGUCGAGAACGACCUCAGCCUAGUGCGGGAUCAUAACAGGAUUCUCGAGUCGGAGAAAGAACAGCUGAUCAUCCGUACCGCGGAUCUCGGAAAGGUGUACGACGACCUCGAGAAGCUCCGCCGGGAACACGCAGGUUGCGAGGAACGCUCGAAGGGACUCGAGGAGCGGUCCAAGGGACUUGAGGCUGAUGUCGAAAAGCACCAAGAAGCUGCCAAGGUGCUGCAAGAGGAGAAGGACAAGAUCGCCGCUGUCGCUAAGAACCUAGAAGAGGGCUCAGGCCUUACCAAGCUUCACGAGGAGAAGGCCACUCUUGAAGUAAGCGUGAAGGAACUUGAAGGCAAGGUCUCCGUGCUCUCUCAGGAGAAGUCGCACCUGGAGGUCAAGACGAACGACCUCCAGACCGAAGCCAGCAAGAUUCCCGCGCUAGCUCAAGAGAAGACCGACCUCGAGGCCCAGCUGGAGGCGAAAUCUAAAGACCUCCAGGUCGAAUCUGAUAGGGUCAUAGCUCUAACCCAGGAGAAGACGGACCUCGAAGGCAAGAUCAAGGAUCUCCAGGCCGAAGCGGAUAAGGUACCCGCCCUGGUCGAGCAAGUGCAUUCGUUGACUAUGCGGCUCGAUAUGGCGAACAUACAACUCUCUACAGCCACUGCGACACAGGCAUCAUCUACAGCCCAAAUCAUCGACCUACAAUUACUCGUGAGCAAGCUACAAGACAAGCUACACGACAAAGACCGGUCCAAGGACCGAUCCAAGUCGCGCAACAAUAAGCGUCAGAGCCGCUCACCAUCAAACAGCCUAAUCUUCGUCCGCAACCCCUCGGACAAGGACGGCAACAUACUCGUCAUGUCGCGCGAUACACUCAAGAAGAGAGACAAGUCGCCACUAUAAAUUUACAGGCUGCUGGUCACGCCAAGAGAGAAAGUGGAAAUCCACUUAAAUAUUAAUCGAGGUCCGGGAUAGAGAAAAAUCAAUCAACAUCAACAUCAACACCAACACCAAUACCAUCAUGACGAAAAUAAUACUACGACAAUACGAGUCCA